AUGGCUGUUCAAGGUGUCGAGCAGACCAUCCUUCGGGAUCCAGCUCUCUUCUACUGGAUUCUGUUCCCCAUCUCCAUUGUCAUGAUCCUGACAGGAAUCCUCCGCCACUAUGCCACCGUCUUGAUGAACUCGCCCCCGAAAUCCGCCUCGACGCUAGCCGAGUCGCGCGAACGACUCGCGCUCCUCCGUGGUGUGAACCUGCGUAACCACGGCCCCGCCGUGCUCGAUCGGGAAUCUUUCGAGUUGCGCAAGAACUACAUUAUCUCGGGCUUCCGUAACGGUGCGUUCCUGAAGGACCCCAAUAACCGGGGUGGGCCACCCGCCAACCCCAUGACGGAUCCCGCGGGCAUGGAGGCCAUGAUGGGCAUGAUGAAGGGGAAUAUGAUGAUGAUGAUCCCGCAAACCCUGAUCAUGAGCUGGAUCAAUGCUUUCUUUUCUGGAUUUGUGAUCCUGAAAUUGCCCUUCCCGCUUACCAUCCGUUUCAAGUCGAUGCUGCAGUCUGGUGUCAUGACUCGGGACCUUGAUGUCAGAUGGGUGUCGAGUCUGUCCUGGUACUUCCUCAAUUUAUUCGGUCUGCAGUCGGUGUUUGGAUUCAUUCUGGGCAGUGACAAUGCUGCCAACCACAUGUCCCAGCAGAUGGGCAUGGCCAAUCCGGCGGCCAUGGUGAAUCCUCUGCAGCCCGGCCAGGACCCGGACAAGCUGUACCAGAACGAAGCGGAGAACCUCGAGGUGACGGAACAUUUCUGUAUCCUGGAGGGGGUGGAAGAGCGCGUGCUGCGCAACUUCGCCUCGGAGGUGAAUUAA